CGAGCCACCUGUUGUGACAAGAUCUAAAUCAAGAUGUAAACAAUGGCUGGCCGGCUGGCGGUGUGUGCUGCCUUGCGUGUGAGGGGGCCGGAGAGGCUAAGUUGUAGGCUGCCUGGCGAUGCCCUGGUGACGAGGGGGAGGCAGCGCCACAGCAGGUCCCUCCUUGUGUGCAGUAAGGUUCACCUCAGCAGCCUUCAUGACACUCAGCACCUACAGGUUCAGGAUGAUUUCUUCACGCACCUUCAUGUCAGGGGCCAGGAGAUGGAGGGGAGCCUCUCCUUGCUGCUGCUUCUCUCAGCACGGAGGGAUGACACGACCAGUAUCCAUCACUUACUGGAACAGGCCAAAGGAGCAGGGGUGAGGCCCAGUGGAUACACAAUGGAAAAACUUCUCAACACUUAUAUUAAAAGGAAACACCUCAGUACAGCUGUCAGUUUGUAUGGCAGUAUCAGAAGAGAGUAUUCUGAGGCUCCCUUAGAACACUGCACAGUGCUCCACUUUUGCACAAUGUUAGUUGAAAGUGAAAAAUGCAUGGAGGCAAUGCAUACCUUGAGAGAAUUUGUAGAGACAGGCAAAACACCAGAGGUUCCCCCCAAAAAUACUGCAGAAAAUUGCAAGGUUCUCCUUAGCAAAGCUGCAGAAGUAGGAGGUUAUGAGGUGGCAAAGGAAAUGUUUGAGCUUCUCCUUUUGGGCAGACUGGUUGAUCCCGGGCCUCAGAUAGUUGCACCACUGCUGCAAUGUAAAUUAGACAGGAGUGAUUUGCCAGGAUGCAUUGAAGUGGCUGAAUACAUAUACAAAACCUUCAACACCUUACCCAAGAGGAUGGAAAUCUUAAUCAGACUAAUGCAACACAACCCUCCCACUGAGGAGAACUUACUGCCUGUGCUAAGGAGAGAUGGCAGCCAAGCUCAGCAAGGCUCAGACCUGCUGGGACACAUGUUUGAGCUUGUCCAGGCAUGCUAUGGCCCAGCACAGGCCCAACAUGACCUGCUGUUUGCCUCCCUUGAGUCUGGAUAUCCAGCUGCUGCCCGGCUUGUGCUCCAGACAUUAGGGGGUGAUGUAGAUAGCCAUCAGAUUCUCAGGAUGUGCAAGAUAUAUGCCAAGAACCAGCGGGAAGUUGCCCUGAAACACCUUUUGGUUGCUUCAAAGGGAAUGACUAACAUUGAUCGCCUGAGGAUCUAUGAACUCCUGUUGGAUGCUUACAGCCUCAGCAACAAGGAAGCGGGUGAGAAGGCUCUGUGCCUGUGGACCUCAAUACAAGAGGAAGGCCUCACGCCCUCUUCCACCUUCCUUUCCAACCUGGCAACACUCCUGGAGAAGUGUGAUAUAAAAGUUCCAUUUGAUGUUCAAUGAAAUAAAGUUCUGUCCUUACGGGAGAGGAAUGAAAUUAACCAUAAUAAGUUACUCUCAUCCUGUACAUGAAAAUAAGAGUUGAAAUGAGAAAAAAGGAAAAUAAAAAUGUGAAGAAUGCAAAUGAUGGAGUCAGGAAGGAACCAUGACAGGUGGACCAGCUCUGUAUAGGUGACGAUGGCUGUGUACAAGAUAAUGAAUGGGAAAAAUGUUACUGUCUAUGUAUGAGUGCAUUACGAAUCUGUUACCCAGUAAUAUAGGAGUCAAUAAAGGCAAGGCCAGGCUGUAAGAGUACUCUUACUGUAUCCCCUGCGUGUCACAAAAGAUAACGUAAAGGAGUAGAGCAAGGGGACUAUGGACUCCAUUGUAUUUUUAUAUUUACUUUGAAAUGAGCCUUGACCGCUUAACGUCUUGUCUCUCCUAGCCUUCUGUAAGAGGGAUGUCAGCCGUGUAUAUUUAUUAAUAAUUCCUAAUAAAUACAUGAAAUAA